AUGUCACUCACGGCUCAGCUGGACGCGCUGAGGGAUUCGCUCGAGUGCAAGAUCGACUUUGUCGGGCAGGACCUCGUCGAGCGUCGUGCGAGGGUCAUCUUGUGGGCCUCAGCGGCUGUCGCGUUCGUCCUUGGCUUCGCCUUGCAGAACCUCAAAAUCACCUUCGCCAUCUUCACGUUGGGUUUCUUGGGCUGCUUGGCGGUCACCCUCCCGCCUCUUCCCGCCUACAAUGCACACCCGGUCAAAUGGCUCGACCCGCUAGGCGAGUACGGCGAGGUGAAAAGUGCGGUGGCGGCGGGAGGGUCGUCGGGUGCGAUAGAAGGGAAGAAGGGUCGGUAG